GCGUAGGACUCGGACGUAAUUGCCACAGAGCUGACGGACCGUUUCCAGAAGUCCAGCUCAGCAUGACCCUCAUGUCCCCGACACAAACAGCCGCGCUCUCCCUGCGCCUCCUCCCGCGGCUGCUACUGCUGUUCGGAGCGGGGCAGCAGUGCCUCGCAGCCCGGCCGUUGCUCGUGUUUCUGAUCGAUGGGUUCCGCUACGACUACAUGGAUGACCUGCACGCUCUACCCGGAUUUCGCGAGCUCGUGAGCAACGGGGUGAAGGUGGACUACAUGACACCAGACUUCCCGAGUUUGUCAUACCCUAAUUACUACUCAUUGAUGACAGGCCGUCACUGUGACGUCCAUCAGAUGACUGGAAACUUCAUGUGGGAUGAAGCCUCCAAGAAGGAGUUCCUGAUUGGGGUCAACCCUGACAGUCGCUUGCCUCUUUGGUGGGAUGGAUCGGAGCCUUUAUGGGUCACCCUGCAAAAACUGGGAAAGAAGGUUUUCAUGUACUACUGGCCGGGCUGCGAGGUGGAGAUUCUGGGUGUUCGUCCAUCAUUCUGUGAGCAAUACGUCACCAACCCAUCAGAGAAAAACCUCACCGAUGCGAUAGAGAGCGCUCUCAAUGUCCUGAGGUCGGGCCAAGCAGGCAUGGCAGCAGUAUAUUAUGAGAAGAUAGAUGUGGAGGGCCAUCACUUCGGCCCAGAAUCUGAACAGGUCAGAACAGCUGUCCGACAGCUGGAUCUCGCUAUGCAGACUCUCAACAGAAAAAUCAAAGAGAAGAAGAUGGUGAACCAGCUGAACAUUAUGCUGUUUUCAGACCACGGUAUGACCAAGAUCCAUUGGAUGGAGAAGGUCAUAGAGCUGGACAAGUAUAUCAACAUGACAGCCAUUGUCAAGAUGAUGGACAGGGGACCGGUGGUCAGUCUGUGGCCCAAAGAUAACAAGUAUCAAGAGGUGUAUGCCGCAUUGUCCCAGGUCCCUAACAUGCGUGUCUAUGCCAGACAGGAGAUCCCUGAACGUUUCCAUUUCAAAGGAGGAAGGUUUGUUUCCCCCCUGACGCUGGUCGCUGAGCCAGGCUGGUUCAUCAUUGAGAACAAGGCAAAUCUCCCAUACUGGAAAAAUGACUCUGGGGAACCCUCAGCCUGGCAAAAUGGUUGGCAUGGUUACGACAACGAGUUCCUCGACAUGAGAGGCUUUUUCUUGGCGACAGGACCUGACUUCAAGCGGAAUGUCCAGGCUGCUCCAAUUCGAUCGGUGGACAUCUAUAACCUCAUGUGCUGGACGUUGGGAGUGAAACCUUUGCCCAAUAAUGGGUCUUGGUCUCGGGUAGAGUACUUACUGAAUAGUUCUGAUGGUCCAUCUCUGUCCACAACCCUCUGCUGUAUGAGUGUGUUAGGAGUACUGUUUGCACUAUGGCAAUAAGCAGACUUAUGUCUGAGCAUUUUCAUUUAUUGUCAAUCAUGGUGAAAGAGGAAAAGUUUGAGAUACAACAGGUCAGCAGGACUUGUAUUCAGUGAUAGAAGUAUUCAGGGUUUCUGGUGCUUAACCGUUUAUCACAUGGUAUAUCACGGAUAUAUACCAGGGUCAAAUUCUUAAUUUGGCCGAUAAGGCUGGUACUGAUUUCUGGGUUAAAGGGCACUAUCCAAAUCAUUUUCUGAGAAGUUUCUACAAAGUUUCCUGGAAAGGACUAGCUAAUUUGAAACUGACUACAGGGAAAAUGGUAAUGUUCCUGAAAAAAACUGCUCCAUUUAAACUCAACUUAUUCAUUAAUAAUAAUGAAUUGAUUAUUGGAAACAUUGUUCUCUAUAUACAAUAGUUUACACUGUAUGCUUGCCUUUAGACAAUAUUCACAUUUCUAUGACCAGCUGACCUGCUUCUCUCUGACUACACUGUGUACCAAUUAAUAGUAAUCAAUUAAAGCUUUUGGCAUCAUUUAUUUCUGUCAGAUCUUAGUUGGUUUUUUUGACAUUUCACUAGUUGUAUGUAUGCCUGUGUAGUGUUGUGGUGUUGGUGUGUGCGUGUGCGUGUGCUUAAAAACCUGUAAGUGCUUCUGGGUUGCACCCGAGGAAUCAAAGAUUGGUUCCUAUUUAUAUUAAGGACACUAAUUGGCUCUUACAGUGAACAAUUUAAUCAUUUCCUAACUACACAGUUCUUUCCAGGAAAUGGUAAAGAAAAAUGAUACCGACCCCUGUAAAAUAAAGCAUUACUGAUUUCUGUGUUGUGUAACUGACGCUGUUAAACCUCUUCUAUUGCCAUUUUUUGUUCCAUUAUCAAAUUUUCUCCAGAGAACGGUGAUGUGUACAAACUUAACCCCCGUAUUUCCAAAUUAGAAUCAUUUUAAAUAUCACAGAAGUGCACUUUUAAAGGGAUCAUACAGGAAAUAAUACUGAUGUUGCCUUCUUUUGAUGUAUACUUGUAACAGGUUGGAAUGGUGUAAGCUGUACUUUUUUUAUUGGCAAAGCACAAAUAUAUGUUUUGAAACCCAA